GUUGACUAUGAAAGCGAGGGGAAUAGAACCGAAAAAAUUCACCGCUAAUGGGAAUACCGAUAACGACCCCACUUAAAUGCGUUAAGAUCUCUAUAUUAAGCGAUGAACGUACUAAAAUGUACGGAAUGCUCCUGUUAAUCAUUCGAAGUUUGCCAAGAAGAAAGGUUGAACCGGCAUGCGUGAUAAUCACUUGCAAGACAAGGCAGUGUUCCGUGGCGGCAACAAGGCAGUGGACCAUGAGCGUGGGAUUCUCGACUUCGAGUUCGACAGCCAGAUAUACAAGAGUCGAAUCCGAGUACGAAGAUGGUUAAUAGGCAUUCUAAUUUCCCUGUUCACGUGCCUAAUUAUCAUAAACACGUACGCUACGGAUCAAUUUCGAGCGAUGCGAUUCGGAACUAUCGUCAACGACACCUCGCAAGAGAACUUCAUGGACUUCAAGCCUUUCUUCACGCCCGUGGCCAAUUCUGGCUUCGUAGUGCGCAACAAAGGUUGCCGAAUACCAGCGAUGGAUCCUUUUGAUCCAGCAAUCAAACGUUUCAUUCGUAAGGAGGCACCCUUCGUUUGCGAGAUGGGAGAUCAGCUACCUCUCGUUGAUUCGAACAACACAGCAGUGUUCAUAAAUCCGGAUGCUAUACACCAUUAUUACAACAAUACGAAGGAUAUCGACUGCUGUUGGCGUCCUUUCUGGCGAAUGAAAGACGAGGACAAUAUCGUUACGUACGACAACGAUUGCUCCGCUUUCCAGAACGCGACGACCAUCAGAGCUGAGUUCGUAAAAAUCGAAUGUUCACGAAACAACGAAGUGAUAUACAAGGACUACCACGCGUUUUUGCCUCGUUUUCGUUCGUUGGAACAGAAAUACGAGAAGGCGAGAGCUGCCAGGUUCAAGUCCGAACAUCUGAGCUUGCUGAUAGUUGGCCUCGACUCGGUUUCGAGACUGAAUUUUCAUCGAAUGAUGCCGAAAACCGUCGAAGCUCUGCGGAAGCUCGGAGCAGUGGAAAUGAUGGGCUACACGAAAGUAGCCGACAACACGUACCCGAACUUGGUGCCUGUUUUGAGCGGGCUGUCCGAUGACGAGCUACACCAGUCAUGUUGGCAGACUAAAGACAAACCGUUCGACGGGUGCCCGUUCAUCUGGAAGAACUUCAGCGCAGCGGGUUAUCGUACCGUUUUCGGCGAAGACGCCUGCGCCAUGACAACGUUCAACUACUUGAAACCUGGCUUCCGGGUCCAGCCGACCGACUAUUAUUUGAGGCCGUUUUGCAUCGCGUCGGAAAAGGACAUCGGCAACACGCACAAGUGGAACGCAAAUCUUUGCGUGGGGACCAGAAAAACAUUCGAGAAUUUAUUAGACUAUACCCGAAAGACGGCCUCGCAAUUUGCCAAAGUGCCAUAUUUCGCGAUGUUCUGGCAAGCCAGUUUAACGCACGAUUUUUUCAACUACCCGCAAUUAGGCGAUGACGCCUACCAUAAAUUCGUUUCUUAUCUAUCCAGCAAACAGUUGCUGAACCACACGGCAUUAAUAGUGAUGAGCGACCACGGGAUGAGAUGGGGCGAUUUCCGCGAGACAUAUCAAGGCAGAAUGGAGGACAGCCUUCCGUUUGUGUUCAUUGUGUUGCCGACCUGGUGGAAGGAGAACUACCAAGUGGCCUGGGCUAAUCUUCGAAAGAAUGCGCGGAGCUUGACGACAGCGUUCGACUUGCACGAGACCCUAUUGGAUCUAUUGGAGUCGAAACAUUUGGAGGAACCGCGCCUCAAGGAGCGUUCAAAAAUGUUAUCGGAUGCGAAAAGUUUACCUCGCGGGAUUAGCUGGUUCCUGCCGAUUCCUGAUUAUCGUACAUGUAGCAUGGCAGGCAUAGCCAGCCACUGGUGCAUGUGUCAUACUAGCAACGAUGUUCCUUUGAAUGACGAGAGUUACCAGGAUAAAGCAGAUUUCCUGGUCGCAGAAUUGAACAGGAUGUUAAAGAAAUUCGUGCAAUGCGCGACUCUCAAGUUAAAGGAGAUUAGAGCCGUUAAAGCGUGGCGAAACAAGGGUGAUAAAUUUGAUCUCGUUGAUUAUACGAUCACAAUUCAAACGGAACCUGGUGACGCGAUAUUCGAGGGGACGGUGCGAUACAGAGGAGAGGAUAAGACUAAAAAAUUGGUGGGAUCGGUUAGUAGAUUAAAUGCGUAUGGAAAACAGAGCGCCUGUGUUGACGAGUUCAACAUGAGGUUAUAUUGCUAUUGCUUGUAGAAUUAACACGUUUUGGUAACUUUUGUAAUUUUAUUUUGUCUACGGCUCUAAUUUCUUUAUAGCAUGGAAAAAGUAUGAGUUUCUUCAAAUAUAAUUACACGUUUAUGUUUUCUUCUUGUAUUUCAUAACGAUGAAAUCAAACUAAUAUUUAUUUAAUAUUUAAAAUACUAAAUUUCAAAAUAUUAAAGGACAUGCAAUCGUCAUGGUUACGAUAAAUGUAUGAUAAUUUUUACCAAAUACAAAUGACCAUUUACUCGAAAUAAAAGAGUACAACAAAGUUUGAUGUUCAAACAAUUCAAACAUAGGAAGACGUUUCUGUAUUAGUUUAUAAUAUAAAUUUAGGAUAUAAAUCAACAAAAUUAACAGAUGUAAAUAGAAUAGGUGUAUGAUAAUAUUUAAGUUAUUGAAGGCCUCAUUUAAACGAACAAGUAACAAAAGAGUUACUACUCGAAAGUUAACAAAUUGUUACAACAAAUUACAUUAUAAUCGACGAAAGAAUUGUGCUUCAAUUAUAAUUUGUAAGGAGAUUACAUUCGAAGGUGUUGGAUAAAUUUCUGCAAAGCAAAAGAUACGUAUAAUUUAACGCAAAAAUUUUAUAAUAAAAAUGCUAAUUGUAAAUUAAAUAAUUGAAUAGUAUUUAUUAAUGCUAAUGGCUGAUGUAAAUUUUACUGUAAAUAAUAUUGAUAAGAAAAUUGUAACACA